AACACACACUCGAUUACACACUAACACACUCGAGUACACACUAACACACACUCGAUUACACACUAACACACACUCGAGUACACACUAACACACACUAACACACUCGAGUACACACUACAACACACUCGAGGACAAUACAUGCUAAAACACACUCGAUUACACUCUUCAGCUCAGUGCAUCUUCAAAAUCCAAGCACUUCUGUGACCCAGCAGUUGUUUUUACACACUACAACACACUUGAGUACACGCAAACACACACUUGAGGACACACUACAACACACUCGAGUACAUACUAACACACACUCGAGUACACACUAACACACACUUGAGGACACACUACAAAACACUCGAUUACACACUAACACACACUCGAUUACACACUAACACACACUUGAGUACACACUAACACACACUCAAUUACACACUAACACACACUCAAUUACACACUAACACACACUUGAGUACACACUACAACACACUCGAUUACACACUUCAGCUCAGUGCAUCUUCAAAAUCCAAGCACUUCUGUGACCCAGCAGUUGUUUUUAUCAAAACUCACAGAUUUGUGAGAAUUUUAUGUAUUGGAAUUUUUUUUUCUUUCCUACUUUUUAAAUGUAUUGAAAUAUAGAUUUUAUUAUUUUACCCUUUUGCCAGAACUAAAUCUAAAAAAAAUAAAAUAAUUAUUUGAUACUGAAAUACAUCUGAAAGAAAACUAAAUAUUAAUAGAUGAAAAAAUUAAACUGACAAUAACCUCAACUGAUUAAGUUAAUGUUGAAGUGCUAAAAUUACUCAAAUUAAAAUAAAACAAAGUUAAAUCUACAUAGAAAAAAGCUGAAAUAAAGCAAAAUAUAAAUAUUAGACAAAAAACUUACACUUAAAAAACUUUAAAAAUUGGAAAUGUUGCCUUUGCAACUAAAUUAAAUGAAUGCAUUGAAGUACUAAAAUUACUAAAAUAAAAAUAAAUAUACACAAAAAAGACCAAAGCACAUAGCAAAAUUAUUAAAUAAAAAUAAAAAUACACAAAAAGACCAAAGCACAUAGCAAAAUUAUUAAAUAAAAAUAAAAGCUAAAUUGUUAAUAUAAACUAUAACAGUAUAUAAAUACUAAAAUAAGACUUGUCCCAACUUUCAGUCUUAAAAUAUUAAACUCAAUCUUAAAAAUAUUACUCCUCAAAAUUUUCUAAACAAAGAAUGCAAUAAAUUAAAGAAUAAAGGUAAAUAUCAGUAUUGUUCAAGUGUGCAUCAUUUCCAUUUAAGCUGUAAUUUAGUCAAAUUGCAUGAAGUAUGACUUCCAUAUAUGCUACCUAUCAAAUGAGUCUGAGUAAGACAAAUUUGGCCAUUUGAUUAAAAUAAAUAAAUAUAUAAAAUGUCAUUUCCAUCACAGAACAAAUGGUGAUUUUUUUUUUUUUUUUGUGUGAAGGAAAUGACAAUUUACAUGCAUGGAUACUGACUAACUGAAUUGUGAGAGUUUCAAAAGAUGCUUAUUUUCUGAAAAGUGCCAUAGUUGAAGAGACACACAUGAGCAUCUGAUGAUCACAAAUAUGCUGUCAUACUCAAAUCAGACGUGUAGUUUCCCAGCUUUUGUUGCCCCCGGGGCAGGAGCUCACGUCUCCAGGAGAUUCACAUGGAGCUGGUAAACAGUGAGGGAGGGUUAGUUACCGUCAGACAGAAGAGCAGCAGCAUGGAGAAACACACGCAGAGCUGCAGCGCAGCAGGAGACGAUGAGAGCAGUCUGUUCCACCGCCGGCUGAUGCAGCGCAGACACAAACACAGCGACAGCGAGCUGAAGUUCCUGUUACACAGGCUGACUGUGAUUGGCCGUCUCUCGUGUGAAGCGGCUGACAGGAGGACGGUGGGAGAUCACUUGGAGAGGCUGAUGGUCAGUCUGCAGAGGAGAAGUGCUGGAGAAGACGUCACCGGUCUCCUGCUGAUCUACCCUCGACACACACUGCUCGUCAUCGAGUGUUCGACCGAAGCUCUGCUGUCUGUCCUGCAAGACCUGAGACACAUGGAGGAAAACAGCGGCCCGAUCCUGGAGCCCCGAGUCCUGCUGGUGUCCCAUGACCUCCCCAGCAGACUCUUCCAGCGCUGGAACUACAAGCUUCUGGAUGAGUCUGACAGCCAGCGGACGCUCGUCUCAGACGAACAGAGCCCGGAGAAACUCUUGAGCGACACCCUGCAUCAGAUCCUGCGGCUCGGACACCACCUCUUCAACAAAACACACCUGAUCACGGGAUCUAAAGUGAUUCCUGAUGAAGUGCUGAAGGACGCGUCGGAUGCGGUUCCUCCUCAGGCCGCGGUGUCUCGUCUGCUCCAGAUGGAGGCGCUGUUGAGUCCUGCGCGCUACAUCAGCACGUAUCAUUCACCGCUACACCAGCGCCUGGACUCCGGACAUGUUUUUGGGAGUUUUCGUCCCACGACAGUGUAGGUUUGGAUUUAGGGUCAGGAGGUACGUCUUGUUUGAGAUUCUGCAGUGCAUGCAAACAUCAGACCGCAUGCGUGCAUGAGAAACUACAACAUACCAAAGCAAGACAAAUCACUCCUCAGAUGUUUCUCUUGAGAAAAAGUGCCAAGAUUAGUCAAAAAUCUCAAUAUGAUCUUUUCAUGAAAUGUCUAUCGGAAUUCAUUUCAUAGCUUUAUAUGCUGGCAGCUCAUCGAGUCUGUUUUAGGAGAAACAUCUGAGAUAAAGUGAGACUCCUUUAAUUCUCCUCUUUUUGGAGACUCAUUCAACUUCGACUCUUCAACUCUGACAGUCUUUAUUUAUUCUCAUCUCAUCUAACCAUCAACUAACUCCAUGAAUGUUUCCAUGAACCCACUACUUUUGAUAUACUCUGUAAUCUGGUUUAACUAACGCACAUUCGUUUGCAUAUGUCAUUAAUAUUUGUAAUUUUUGUGUAUUUUGACAGAAUCUGUGUGGCCUGCAAUGGAACAUCUUCAGAUUAUUUGAACAACUUUAUUAAUACAUUUAAACAUUUUCUACUUUUUACCUCAAAAGGUUUUGGUAAUGCUUAAAGCCGUUAAAUACAAUGCAUUAUUUUAAUGCAUUAAUUAUGAAUUGUAAUGCACCUAAUAAUGCAUUGCAUGAUCUCAUGAAUAACUGUAACCACAAUUAUAAUAUAACUAUACUUAUCUAUUAAUUGUUACACCUUUAGAUAGUAUAAUGCAUUAAAACACAAUUUCAGAUGUAACAAUCUGCAAAUAUUACAAUGCAUUUAACUUUACAAUUACAUAUAAUACAUUAUGAAUACCUUUAUAAUGCAUUACACAUAAACUGAUCUAGUUUAUUUUUUAAUAUUACAUUUUUUUUUAAAUCAUGGUAUUAUUAUGUUAUAUCAAAGAAAUAAAUGUGUGUCUUCAUAAUUUUUCAGCAAAAUGUGAUUUUGUAACUUGCUAAAUUUUUGAAACAACUUUCCUCUUCAGAAUCUAAUCUAGACUUAGAUUAGAUUCACCAAAAGCCAAAUAGAUAUUGAGUUGUUUUAGUAAACAAACAUUCAGUUA